CUUGUCUCUCAUCCCGUCGCUCUGCGAUCCGUCGAUUUUGUUCUCCAUCGCCCUCCGGCAGCACUUGCGUCUCCAGCCUCCCGACUGCGGCCACCGGGCAUAUUCGGCCACUCCUCUUGUGCCGGCGUCAACCGCAUCUGCAAAUCAUCUCUUUCUCAUCCCCGGCCCGAGCGACCCAUUCGGCAACGACCAGGGUCGUCUCUGACUCCCACCACCGCUAUUCUUCUGGCCCGGCUCGAAAUCCUUUGUUGCGUUGCAUGUCGUCUUACACGAAUCCAAACUCGCUGUUGCGCUCUGUCCUGACCUCGAUGGAAAACGUCGCCGAAAGCAAGCCGCUGACCUUUCCGCUGCCGAUGACGCCGGACUGGAAGGCGGCCAAAACGGACGAUGUGACGCCCUUUGACCUCAACUCCAGCCCCGCGCCAAUCCUCAUAGGCGUGACGGGCGGCAGCUCUGCCGGCAAAGGCGAGGUCUGCGACCAAAUCAAGAGCAUCCUAGUCUCGAAGGGUCUCUCGCCCGAGUCGAUUGUGUUCAUCCGACAAGAGAACUUUUACAAGACAUUGGUCGGCGAAUGCUUGCUGUCGGCCCAGAAAGGCGACUACAACUUUGAUCAUCCUGAUGCCUUCGACUGGCCGCUUCUCGAGUCGGUCAUCAAGGACCUGCACCAGGGACUGCCGGUCAAGCUGCCAAUCUACAACUUCAAGACAUACGAGAGAUUGCCCGAAACCACGGAGAUCUCCUGUCCUAAAGUGGCCAUUUUCACCGGCAUUCAUAUGCUCUACGAACGACACAUCCGCGAGGCCCUGGCCCUCAAGAUCUUUGUGGAUGUGGACAGCGACUUGCGCUUGGCACGGCAGGUGAUUCGGGAUACCGAAGACCGUCACUCGCACAAGCUCGAGACGGUGCUGCUGCACUAUGUCAAAUUCUCCAAGCCUGCGUUCGAGGACUUUAUACUGCCCUCCAAGCGCUACGCCGACAUGAUCAUCCCACGAGGCAAAGACAACGAGGUUGCCAUCCAGCUGCUGGCCUAUCACAUCGUCGACACCCUCCAGCAGCGGGAUCGUGAGUUCAAGGAGCGCCAGAGCGAAGCCGUCUUUGGAACGACUCGAGAUUCGUCGGCACACCACAGUAGCCACAACCUGAGCCCGGCCAAGAAGCGCGUGUCGACCUCGCUGAGGAUGGCGUCGCUGGGCGGAUCGAUCGAGGACUCGUCCUUCACGGCCCUUCCCAAGUAGCGAGCGCGGGCUCUGCCGAGUCAGAAGCGCAGGGUGCGGCAUGACAGAAGGCGCCAGCGGCGGCAGGGAUCGGGUGGAAGCGGUCUGGGGUGGAAGUGCACGAGAUGAGCGAUCCGAAAAUACAUGGCCGCAACUAUCUGCACCUGACUCGGCAGAGACCGCCCGAUCGCGGAAUUCCCU